AUGUUUCAGCCAGGGAUUGAGGCAUACCUGGAUGCCAUAAAACAGCAGUACGAUACGGUUAUGGCAGAAAAUAGGUCUCUGCGGAAGGAGAACAUUCGUCUUGUUGAAGCAAAUGGGCAAUAUGCAAGGAAAAUCCAGUACUACACGAGUAUUUUAAACAGACAGAAGCAUAUGUCUCUGGAGACCGAGGGGUCGUUUAUAAGACCUCCAAAGUAUUUGAAGAGAGGAAGCGAUUGGAGUGUUGAUGGAGAUAAGCUGUGCAUAGUGAGCGUUCGGGACAAGAUAAUGGUGGGAGGAAAGAUAACGAAUGCUGUUAUAAGCAAGUGCGGGAAGUUUGUAGCAUUUGGAUGUGGAUACAAAGUAUUUAUUGUAAUGGAGAAGACUAUUUGGUUUUUGGACACCUCUUCCGAGAAGAUGGAGAGAUACGAAGAAGGAAUGUUUGAAGGAGAGACACAGGAAUACAGGAUAUGCCCCAUGGACUUCACUUGUGAUUCUCUUUAUCUGUAUGCGGCAGAUGGGAAAGGAGCAGUGAGGAUAUGGAGUCUGAAGAGUAAGGCUCAAGAAGGAUUACUGAGGCCUUGUGAUCCUGUUGCACUCAAGAUAACCAACAACUUGGUGUUUACGAUUGAAUGGGACAAGACCAUGAAUGUGUAUGAUUCAAACAACAAGGUUCUUACUCUAAGCUCUGAAGAGGAGUUUAGUGGGCCCAUGGCAGUAAGUCCAGACGGGAGCUUCGUAUAUGCAGUUGUGGGAAGAACCAAGAUUCUUGUUUUUGACAUCAAAACAGAGAUGGUUCAUCUAGCAAACACCAACGAGGAUCGAAUUCUGGCGAUAGCAACCUCUCCAGAACACGCGAUAAUGUCGAUAGGAGGCCAUGGACGAAAUGCCUAUCUUUACAGGAUAAAGAAGGAAAAGCCCUUACCCAGGGUGCAGGAUUCUAUCGAUCAGAGAGGCACUGUCUUCUCUCUAGGAUUCAUAGGAAACCAUUUGCUUGUAGGACAGCCCGAAGGUGUUAUGAUCUGGGAUCUGUCGGAGAAAAGAAGCAUGAGGAUACAACUCCAAGAGUCAAAUGUGAUUGGAAUAUCCACAUGCAAGGACUCUUUUGCCACCGUAGACAACAAUGGAGUCUUACGUGUAUGGAGAUAUUACAAUUCUGUGGAAUGGGAUAAUAGCUCUUGA